GUUCGCCUGAGGCAGGUGAGGGAAUGGAUGGUCACGUCUUUGGCAUGAGUGCUAGGCCUUCUGAUGCUGGGAGCGGUGUGAAGUGCAACCGUUGUGGCAAGAAGGGGCAUCAAGUGAAUCAGUGCACGGCAGACCUUUCCAAGGUUAAGUGCUUCAAGUGCGGAGAGAUGGGCCACAUAUCUUUGAACUGUGCCAAGGGCAAGCAGGGUGAUGUUUCUCAGUCAAGUGCGAGGCCUAAGGGUUCUGAUGGCAAAGGUGCUGCUGCGGCCAAGGGUCAAGAAACGGGGGUUUGGUGGUACACAGAUGCUGAUGAAUCUUUUUACACCGAGGAAGGUGAUGAGCAAGAAGCACAGCAGGUGGACUCCACUCUUGUGUUAUCUUGUGUCAUUGAGUUAACUGAUGAGCCCAAUACGCGUUUUGAAGCUGUCCUUGAAGACAGCGAGUCGGUGUCUGUUGUGCUCCAAGAGCAGUUGUGUCAACCAUUGUUGCAGUCGUUGGGUCAAUCGCUUGGAACUGAGUUUUGGCUGCUUGACUCAGGUGCGUCAUGCUGUGUUAUCAACCACGUGACUUUGAAGACGCUUCCGCAUGAUGAGUUGACUGCAUGUGGUUCGACGUUUAUGGCUGCGAAUGGGACUCCUGUUCCCUUUGAUGGUCGUUGCCAUGUUGUGCUAAAGGUUCGCACAAAGGAUUCAAGUGGAGCUACUAAGAAUGGUGUCUGCAAGAUUCCUGUGAUGGUGGGUGACACUCCUUACAAUAUCCUGUCAACGCGAACUCUUGGAAGGCAUGGUUGGCGUGUUGUCUUGGAUGAAGGCGUUUCUGUGUGUCAUGUGAAGUCGGGUGUUGAUAUGAUUGAUACCUGUAUUUGGUGUGACACGCCUUGGAUCCGCGUGAUUCCUCAUUCAGAAGGUGAUCUCUUGUUGCCGUCGGAUGCCUCAGUUGAUCCUGCUCCAAUUUCCUCGAUUGGACAUGUUGCAGUUGUUUCGCAGAAGACCAAGGGAGAUCUUGAAAUUCACAGAGCAAAGGGCCACAUGCCCUUCCAUCCUGAUUGCGAGCAUUGUCUGAAGUCCCGAGGUGUUACCCAACACAGGCGAAAGUCUGAGCGCGGAGUUGAAACAGAGAUUGUUGCAGAUUUUACGUUUCUGGACUCUUCUGGAGAGAUGAUCAGCGUGGCUGAGCGCCAGACAAGUAGCUCUUUCAAGGUCCUCGUCCUUCGUGAGGCCUUUUCUUCUUCUAUUGGGGCUGUGAUGAUAACUGAGAACAUUGCAAAAGACAGAGGUCUUCUUUUGAAGUGGCUUGCUGAGUUUGGGAUGUCGUCCUCACAAGCAAGCAUUGUGCUUUUGACAGAUUCCGAAGAAGCGGUGAAGUCGUUUGUUGCAGGUGCGUCGGAUAAGUACAUUUUUAUGGUGCGCAAGGCUGCGCCACAGGCUCAUGAACAGCUUGGUGGUGCGGAAAGGACAGUCCGGGUCCUUAAAGAAGGGCUAGCUACCUUGCAAAGUGAUUUUCAGUCGCUUGGUUGCGUUUUGUCGUUUCGGAGAGACUUGCUGCAGCUUGCACUUUCUUACCUGUGCAUGAGUGUGAAUGCGAAUGGCAAAGCUUUUGGCGGUGAACGCUCUCCAAAGGAGGUUGCAGUUGGUCGAAGGUUGCCAGAUACCCCUUUUGCGUUGUUUGGGUCCAAGGUGCUUGCUGAGGUCUUGACGCCAAAGGUGUUUGUUGCCAAGUCGAUCAAGCUUGUGUUUCCGAUUGAGCUUGUCUUCGAGUCGGGGAUGUUUGAAGUUUUGCGUCGUCGUGGUGAGCUUGGGCCUGAGAGGCCAGAUCAUCCAGUUGCGCCUCGGAUUCUUCCGAGUUCCCAGGGUGCCUCUUUGAAGUGUCCUGUUUCCGGUCCGCCAAAGGAGUUUUUUGAGAGGUAUGGGUUCUCAGGUGAGUGCCGAGCGUGUUCUAACAUGGCACAAUUUGGGUCUAGGAAGGGCUCUUCUCACGGUCGGGCUUGCUGUUUGAGAUAUGAAGCGUGGUUGCGGUCGCAAGUUGCAACAGAUGACAGCAUGGACGUUGAAGUGCCUGUGGCUUCGGAUGCAGAGGCUAUGCGUGAAGCUCUUUCUGAGCUAGCCGAGGAUGAGUCGAGGCAAGACCGAGCUGUGGAGGAGGCUCAGGGUUCUCCUUUGCCUCCCCCGGCCAGUGGGGACGCUGCUUCGUCUGAGGCUCCAGCGAGGAUUGUGAGCGAGGCGGCCCCUAGUGGUCGUGUUUUCACGCGUGGUUGUCCUGCGUGCGAGUCUGGCAUGAAUGCUCCUGGCAUUCGUCACAAUGCUGAUUGCAAGCGAAGGAACCAACAUCUGAGUGUUAGAUUUUAUGUUUCUGGGGAGCCCGAUGAUGACGAAGCUUCAUCCAGGCGUCUGCCUGAAAAUCUUGAAGGAGCUGCUGCUCCUGAGUCUGAGGGCAUUGGGGCUCUUGAUGAGGACACUGAGAUGCCGUUUGCCGAUCCAGUGUUGACUGGAAGUGAAGGCGGAGGCAGCCUAGAGGCUGAAGAAGUGCUUCGUGGAAGCAGUGCUGUGAAACGCUCCUCUGAAGUCCCGUUGGAAGAUCUGGAGCGUGAGAUCAGGCAGGACCAAGAAAGGGUUGCUUCAGUUAUGGUUACCUUCCACAAUUGCGAAACAGGGAAUGAUGUUCACAUGCCUCUUGCGAGUUUUGUUGAGCAGGCGUUCCAGGUUUCCAAUUAUGUCCCUUUGCUUUCAGGGCUUGUGGAUUCGGUUCAGUUCGCCCCGAACUCUACGAGUGUUGUUUUGCCGUUUGGGAAAAGGUCGCAUUUGAGACUUUGGAAGCCUAGUUCCGCUGUUGAUGACUCUACCUUGGGUGAGCUUUCAGGAGAUCAGGUCAUGGAAGGCAUGGUCAAAGAAGUCAACAAUUUGAGUCACAUGGAAACUGGGGAUCUGUUGACUGCUUCAGAACUUCAGAGUCUUGAGAAGAGGUUCCCAGGUACCUUGAAGGUCAUCCCUAGUCGUUGGGUCACGACGCAGAAAACACCAACUACUGUGCGAGCUAGGAUUGUCAUCAAGGAUAUUGCUGGCAAGAACUCAGAGUCUGCAAGGGCUUUGGGCAUUUCAAGUCCUACUCCUAGUGCCGAUGCUUUGUUCACGGUUCUUGGGGUUGCAGGUUGCAGAGAUUGCGUGAUUGCGAGCGCUGAUGUAUCUCACGCUUUCAUGGCUACGCCUUUGAGGGAAAGGGAUGUGGUUAUGAGGUUUCCUCUGUCAGUGUCUUCGGUUUCGGGGGAUCCUUUGUAUCUUCACCUCAACAAAGCCCUCAAUGGGCUACGCAAGGCUUCGCAAGAAUGGAUUUACUUCGUAGGGGAGACUGUGAAGGUUUUGGGGCUUCAAAGUUGCAGCUUAGAGCCGUGUCUGUUUUCAGGCAUGCUUGAGUCAGGUCCCUGUUUGCUGUUGGUCUAUGUGGAUGAUUUUCUGUGCAUUGCGCCAACAAAGGAGGAUGUAGAUCACAUCUUUGGAGUGAUUGAGGAGAAAGUUGAACUCAAGAGAACUGGGUUGAUCAAUUCUUCCAAGGAUGGCGGUGGCACUUUGCGGUUCAUUGGUAGGGUUAUCUCCAGGAGAAAGGGGGAGUCCUCUAUCACAGUGUCUUUGCCAGAAGAUUAUUUGGAUGAGACCUUCAAGGCUUAUGGUCUUUCGGGAAAAGGUUCCUCAAGUCCCCCAGAUGUAGCGGUUCAUGUUGAGAAGCUAGAUGGGGUUCCAUUGUCUCCUGAGGCGUAUGCCAGGUUCAGGUCUGCGUUGGGGAAAGUAGCUUGGAUGACGCAGACUCGUCAGGACUUGCGUGCUUAUGUGUCAAUCUUGGCAACGCAGCAAGCCACACCCACGAAUCAUACUGAGCAUGGUCUCCGAGCCUUGCUUCGAUUUCUGAAGAACGACAUGUGCGUGGUUGUGCGGUUGCCUGCUGCGAGUGAUGUGUUGGCUCCCUCGCAACACUACCAAGGAAAGAGGCACCUUGUGUGUUUCUCUGACGCAUCGCAUGCGCCUUUGAGGUGCACGAAGCGCCGUGGAAUCAGUGGAGGAGUGUUGACACUUGAUGGCUGCGUGAUAAAGACUUUGUGUCGUCACCAACAGCUUGUGUCGCUGUCGUCUAUGGAGUCAGAGCUGUUUGCGUUGCAGUCGGUUGCUCAAGAAAUGUCGAGUCUUGGAAAGUUCAUGGCAAGGGUCUUCAUGUCGUUUCGAGAAAGCGAGGAAGUUGAAUUGCCUGGGGUACUUUACAGUGACUCAGAAAGCGCUUUGAAGCUUCUUCGCAAUUUGGACACACCCAGGCAAAGCAGACAUCUUGAGAUAAGAGUCGAGUGGCUUAAAGCUCGUGUCGCAGCGGGUUCUUUGGUCCUUGCGUUUAAGAAGGGAAUCGAAAAUCCGUCAGACCUCUUGACUAAAUGUUUGGGGUCCUCGGCUUUCGGGAUACAUCGCGAAGCGUUGGGCUUUGAGUCGCUGUCGGGACCACUUGCGUCUUUGUGCAAUCAUGAGAAGAGAUUGGUGAUGGUUGAAGUGUGCUGUCGACCGCAGUCGAGUGUUCAAGGUGCAUGUCGCAGAGUCGGGAUGAGUUACGUUGGCGUGACUGAGAACAUGCAGAGUGACAGCGUGUUCAAAGAGGUGCGUCGAUAUCUUCUGAACUUUGCGUGUGACUGCGUGUUUGUGCAUGUGUCCACGCCUUGCUCUUCUGGAUCUUACUUGCGUCGGUUCUCUGGCGGGAGCUCGUCGAAGUCGGUGCUGAAGAAGGCAGGCCACACGUUCGAUGUGCCGGUGAGGUUGGGUGGACCGAAACAGGUUUUUACACUCCGAAACUCGCUGAUGCGAUUGUUCGAGGUGCGAACUCGUGCUGCCAUGGUUCUCACGACCGAUGAGCGCAGGGAGCUGCGCCGUUUGCUGGAUAAGAUGGAUUCUGCAGAUGGCUUGGCUUCGACUGCCAAUACUUCUAUGACCGAUGGGACCAAGCGUCUCAGAGAUGUGGGUGGAUAUCCAGAGGAUGGGUCUACUGCAUCAGGUUCUGCUUGCGGUGCCCAGCUGCCGAUUUCAAAGGGAAGCGCAAAGGGUGUCGUGAGCACGCCCAAGUGUUAUGAAGACCUCGUCGAUGCCUUCGAGGGGGAAGAGUUUGGGGAGAGUGACAAUGUGAUUGUCGUGAGCUAUGCGGGUACUGAGAUCACCUCGGUGCCACUUCCGAGUGAUCUCUCCGUGGAGGAUUGGGGUCGAACAAUCUGCGACCUGCCAAAGGUCCAGAAGAAUAAGACUUGGUUUAAGAAGUCCUAUGCGGCCUUGGUCAAGCUAUCCAAGGAGGAUAGCGACCUUGCAAGCUAUCUCAAUUGGGUCAAGGAGAAAUUUGGUCGCAGUUACGAUCCGACGACCCCAUCCAGUCAAGCCUCGGACCUUGCGGGGUAUUUGAUGAGGAUUGGUUUUUCAAAGCAGAAGGGAUUCCAGCGCAAACUGGCGGAGGAGUGA